AUGACUGGGAAGAUUACAGAAGCCGACCAAGAGAAAGGGGAGGAAAUGGAAGACAAUAAAAAGGGAAAGGAAGUAUUGUCUACCGAGAGCCAUAUGAAUAGUAAGAAUGGAAGGAGAAAAGGGAUGCGAGAAAUAGCAUUGUUACUCAAGGAUCAGGAGAGCCUGAAGCUUGAUGAUACCCACAAUACUUGUGCUAGCGGGUCUAAGAGUCGUCGGGUUGUUCCAUCCUCGUCCUCAUCUGCCGCGGGGGGCAAAGAAAAAAUUAAGGAUGGGAAAAAACAAUCAAGUGAAGUUGUUGGAGAGAGGAAAUUUAUAGAAGAGAUCGUAAGCGAGGAAGAAGAUGAAUACGAUGAGGAUGACAAGCGGGACGAAGAUUAUGAUCCGGGGAGGAGGACGAGGAGGGGGAACAAAAGGGCCCGUUAG